AGGAAGCCGGCGGGAGGAGGAGUUGCCGGAGAAGGGGACGAGCGAGCAGUCGCGCCGGCGCUGGACGAGGACGCAGAGCCGGGCCGCCGCCGGUCACGUCAGCCCCCUGGGCAAGACCACCACAGACUGCAUUCAGUGAAGUUCAAUAGUCUCCAUGAAAAAGUGUCUUCUCUGAAAAUGGCUUCACAGUUUAAAUGAAGCUGGAAAAAUACAUCGAUGCAGCAUUGCAGCCUCUCCAAAUGUUUGGGAAUAAUAUUCCAGAGAGAAAUUGAGCCCCUUGGAUUAGAUAACUCGUCAUAAUGAAGAAAAUUAGUCUCAAAACCUUUCGGAAGUCUUUCAACUUGAAUAAAAGUAAAGAAGAAUCUGAUUUCAUGGUAGUACAACAACCAUCCCUAGCUAGUGACUUUGGAAAAGAUGAUUCCUUGUUUGGUAGCUGCUAUGGUAAAGAGAUGGCCAGCUGUGAUAUCAACAGUGAAGAUGAAAAAGGUGGGAAAAACAGAUCGAAAAGUGAAAGCCUGAUGGGUACAUUGAAAAGACGCCUUUCUGCCAAACAGAAGCCCAAAGGCAAGGGCAGCACGCCCACAGGGGGCUCUGCCGACGAGGACACCUUCUCCUCCUCCUCUGCACCCAUCGUCUUCAAGGAUGUGAGAGCCCAGAGGCCCAUCAGGUCCACUUCCCUCCGCAGUCACCACUACAGCCCCACGCCUUGGCCGCUUCGGCCUACAAACUCUGAGGAGACGUGCAUCAAAAUGGAGGUGAGAGUCAAAGCGCUGGUCCACUCUUCCAGCCCAAGUCCAGCGCUGAAUGGUGUUCGAAAGGAUUUUCAGGACCUUCAGUCUGAAACCGUGUGCCAAGAGCAGAGUAACUCGCUGAAGGGUUCGGACUCUCCGAACGGGGACUUGCAUCUCCACCUGGAUGAACAUGUGCCUGUAGUUAUUGGACUUAUGCCUCAGGACUACAUUCAGUACACCGUGCCUUUAGACGAGGGGAUGUAUCCUCUGGAAGGAUCACGCAGCUAUUGCCUGGACAGUUCUUCCCCCAUGGAAGUCUCUGCAGUUCCUCCUCCAGGAGGAGGGAGCUCUUUUCCUGAAGAUGAAAAUCAGGUAGACCAGGAUCUGGUGGUUGCCCCGGAGAUCUUUGUGGAUCCGUCUGUGAAUGGCUUGUUGAUCAGCACCACAGGAGUCAUGUUGCAGAGCCCAAGAGCAAGUCAUGAUGAUGUCCCUCCACUCUCACCAUUGCUACCUCCAAUGCAGAAUAAUCAAAUCCAAAGGAACUUCAGUGGACUCACUGGCACAGAUGCCCAUGUGGCCGAAAGCGUGCGCUGUCAUUUGAAUUUUGACCCUAACUCUGCUCCUGGAGUUGCCAGAGUUUACGACUCAGUCCAGAGUAGUGGUCCCAUGGUUGUGACAAGCCUUACAGAGGAGCUGAAAAAACUUGCAAAACAAGGAUGGUACUGGGGGCCAAUCACCCGCUGGGAGGCUGAGGGGAAGCUAGCAAAUGUGCCCGAUGGUUCUUUUCUUGUUCGGGAUAGUUCUGAUGACCGUUAUCUUUUAAGCUUGAGCUUUCGCUCCCAUGGUAAAACACUUCACACUAGAAUUGAGCACUCAAAUGGUAGGUUUAGCUUUUAUGAACAACCAGAUGUGGAAGGACAUACGUCUAUAGUUGAUCUAAUUGAGCAUUCAAUCAGGGACUCUGAAAAUGGAGCUUUUUGUUAUUCAAGGUCUCGGUUGCCUGGGUCUGCUACUUACCCUGUCAGACUGACGAAUCCAGUGUCACGGUUCAUGCAGGUGCGUUCUUUGCAGUACCUGUGUCGUUUUGUUAUACGUCAGUAUACCAGAAUAGACUUAAUUCAGAAACUGCCUUUGCCCAACAAAAUGAAGGAUUAUUUGCAGGAGAAGCACUACUGAGAGAAUGAGAACCCUGCAUCUUGCACUUUGGGAGUAAGAAAAAGAGAUUGAAAUACAGUUUACAAACCCAUUGCCAUCAGAAUCUUUUGCUGCCAUAACUUUUUUUUUUUUUUUUGUAUGUAUAACAGUCAUUAGUUUGUUUAGGGGUGGGGAAGUGUUUGCAAGGUGUCCUGAAUUUAUUUUGGUUCUUUAAAAAGGGAAGUCUUGAGGUUGUAGAGGUGUGAAUUCUUUCAUCAGUGUGCAGAAUGAUCACAAUGUGAAUUAUAAGAUCCUCUUUAACGACCCCCUCCCCAGUCCUUUGCUGCUAUCCACUGUGAUUUUUAUGCAUUAAAAGCACAUUUCAUGUGUAUUCAGCCCUAAGUAAAGUGGAAUGAAACUUACAGAAUAAAAAUUGCUGUCUUCUUAAGUGACCCAUCUUCAAAAGAUAGUACUAAGUAAACAUACCUGUGUGAUGAAACACAGAAUUUACAUAUACACUGAAGACGAUUUUUAAAUCUCAUACUUUGAAAGGAUUUAUUUGGAAUUAUGAGUUGACAUGAUCUUGGUAAUGGAAUGCAGAUCUGCAACAUAUCUUUUAUAACACUUUUCUAAAUUAUUUUAAGGUUGUGCUAAUUUUUUCGGUUGUGAAAAGUUGAAUUUUUCUGUUGCUUUCUUUCCCAUCUUGUAAUUUGUCUGUUUUAAUAAAUGGCCUUACAUUAAAAAAUUGUUAAGAAAUGUAUACCACCAGUUUAGAAAUUGUUGCCUUUUCUAUCACUAAACUCGGGUACAAAUUGGCAUCAGUUGUAAAGACCUAUGGAUCUAGAACCAUUAUUAAAGAAAUAUUAAUGAUCGUAGUUUCCUGUGAUAGCAUCUCUGGUGUUACAUAUACUUUCCUUUGGUAAAAUGUUUUACUUAUGACUUCUUCAGCUUAGCCACCACUUUCUUGGGUGAACUUGAUUGUAAACUAAUUUUUAUAAAUGGACUGAAUUCCCAUUCAACAUUAAAACUUAUUCUAUAAAGUUUUAAAUUGAUUUGGAUGGAAAGAAAACAGUGUUUUAAAGUUGAAUUUAUAUUUUUAUUUUAUAUAGUUAUUAUUCAAAUGUACUAGAUUUGACUACUCCUUCCCCCACUAAAAUCAACCCUUAAUGACUUUAGUUGAAAAAUUGUGGAAAUUGUGGAGUGUCAUGUGAGAAAACUAUUAAAACCAUAUCAAAUAUGCCUACCAUAUAUCCUGCUAUUUAAAAAUAGAUUUCUUGUUUCUUUUUUAAUUUAGCUAAAUAAUUUGGCCUCAGUAGUUAUUUUAUCUCUUUGAGUAAUAUGUUGGGGGAAAUGGGGAUGUUAUACCCAAUAAUUUUUAGUUGUUUUGAAAUGCAGAGUGUUUAUUCUUUUCACAGUUCUGCAACAUAGUAAUUUUAGAAUUGCCCCUUCCAGGAAAUGUUCCUAGCUACAGAGCUUUAAAGGAAAAUAUUUCUAUCUCAGAUGUGAGAUAUGUAAUUUGAGAUGUUUCUUCCUUUUUCCUAUUUCCUACUCCUUUAAACACAAGGGUAAGGGUCUUGGAUCAAACUUACUAGGUGUCAUUUGAACAUAUGUGUAUCCUCAGUUGUUUCUCUGUUUGUGUUUUAGAGUUAGAACUGAGAUAAUACCAAGAAAAGGCACAUUGCCAUAAUAUGGUGUUAUGGUAUUUUGACUAAAAGGGGAAAAGGUACUUACUUUUGGUGGAAUGUUGAUUGUACCUUGUUAGAAUGACUCCUUUCAUUUUCUGAUGUUUUCACUUACCAUGGGAUAUGGAGUAUACUGUAAUAAUAUAAUUUAAGUGUUCACUAUAAGCUAUUUGGAUUAAAAACUAUCAAACUAGUGGAAGACAUUUAAACUAUUUUUUUGCAAAACUAUUUAUUUUUAAACAACUUAAAAAAUAUAUCUAGGGUGAGUUAAAAGUCCCUGUGCAUCUAUAUUAGAUGGCGGGUAUUGCUGCAGAGUCACUGUGUGUGAAUAAUAAAUGUUGAGCUGGCUUCUCUGUGUCUGCAGAAGCAUGUCCAUGUCCUUCCGUGAGAUCCCGGUGCACAGACGUCUUUGGACUGCCCUAACCCUGUCUCAUGUGGACAGAGCCUGUUCCCUUCAUUUUCUCAUGGUGCCGUGUGUUUAAGAUCUACCCAUCUAGUGUCAAGAUGAUUCUGAUUUUCAUCUCAAUGUUUUCAAUAUUGUAUUUUGCCUUUUUUGGAGGGCAAGUCUUGAUACCGUUAUAAUUCCAAAAGCCAAUUUCUGAUGUGCUUUUCUGUGUUCCUAAAAUAUUUGAAGUCAUAUGGCUUUUUCUAUUCCAAUUUGAAAUUGUGAGGUUCUGUUAGUACUUGGAUAAAAAUCAGAAUAUUUGCCAAGAUGUGAAACUUAGAAAGGUAUAUUGCAUUAGUUUUUUUUUUUUUUUAUGUAGAGAGAGAUUCAUUUGGCAUAGGUAGCAUAACAUGAUAUAAAAGAUUGUUGUAUAUGAUACUAGAACAGUCUGGCUAAGAAUGGAAGCAGGAGAAAGAGCGAUAAAUCUUCAUCCUGUAACUUGGAUAAAUUUUUGGACUCAGUUGAAAGGUAACUUAGAUGGAAUAGACACAAUCUGAGUGCUUUCCAAAUUGUGCUUCUAAAAAUCUGAGCUCAAGGUGAGAAAAACACAACAAAGAAGUAGAAUCUAUUUGCUAUAAUGAAUGAGUCAGCUUUUUUUUUUUUUUUUUUUUUUUAAAUCAGCUAUUUCGUCACAAAACAUGAUGAAGGCCUGGAGCUUAUUCUCAGGCUUACUCUAAUACACUAUUAUGUAUUUUUAUAAAUAAUAAGAAAGCUGUAGAAAGUACUUGAAAAAUAAUUUGCUCUUGCUCUUUCUGUCUAGCGAAAACUGGUCUCUUUCUACUUGGUGCAAUAAUCUGAAGAUGUGGAAGGUCAAAAACAUUAUAUCACAGGAAAUGAUCAAAGAACUAAAAAUAGUUUUUAAGGAAACCAGCUACACAGGGCAACCAUCUUGCUGUUGAAGAAAAUCAUGUGCCAAAAGCCCUAAAUCAUUGGCAAUAGGAAAUUAAACAAGAAUAUUUUAUAAUUUCUGAGCCAGUGUUAUUGAAACAGGAUAAAGUCACUAAAAUUUUAAAUAGGUUUAUGCAAUGUCUCUGCUAGCACUACAUGUCUAAAUAUCUUUCUAACAGUGCUUUCAGAAAUUCCAGUUUUAAUUACUGUACAUUUCACAUUGUAUAUGAGAGAGAUUGCUUUAUGAAUGAUUCAAAAAUAAUAUAUUUUCAUUUAAAUCUUCAUUGAUUUUCAUCAAAUGUGAAGUCUUAAUUUGAAAAUGAAAUCACACUGCCAGCAAUAGACAGUUUUGUUGAAAUCGCUAAUAAGGAACAAUAGCCAGUUCCGGAAAUAAUUCUAAAAUUCUAAAAUUGUUGGUACGCUAGUAAUUACACAUUUGGUUUCUUUUUAAUACUUUUUUAAUCCUGCAAGGAAGGUUUUUAUAAAUACCCUUUUUAUUAAUCGUAACAUGGCCAAAUGCAUAGAUGCUGUUUCUGAGAAGUGAUUCAGACAUCCAGAGAUGAUGACUAAAAAUUUCUGCAGAAUUUUAUAAGUACACGUGUUGGGUUACAGAUAUUUCCUAGUCAUUGGAGUGCCAUGAAAUUAUACUUGCAAUCCAGAUUGCUGUAGUUUACACUUUUUCUGUAUGUUUCAAAUCAGGUGUGUACCAUUUGUACUGAACACCACAGAAUGAAUUAUCCAAAGUCCAUUGAUUUUAAUACGUGUUUUGGUUUGUAAACAAAUUAUAGUAAUUUCUUGCACAUUUUUGGAAAUUAAUUGUAUAAGAAUUUAUGUAUCUACUUCUAGAUACAGUGUGUAAAUAAAAAUUUCGUUCACAAGA